GGUCACGCGACGCCGGCAUCAUGGCUGCCUCCAUGCUGUUCGCCCCUUGGGGCGCCCUGCGGCUCGUUGGGCCGGCUCUGUGCAGCCGGCGGCUGCCCUGGGGUGUGUGGGUGCACGCGCGGCUGCUGCCAGGGCCCGCGGAGACCCGGCGAAGCGUGGCGGCGGCCAGUGGUGCGGGCGGCCCAGGCACGGCCGGGUACUGCCUGGAGCUGCUGCGUUUUAAACCCUUCUUACAGGUAAAGGACUCAGUUUCUGAGAAAACAAUUGGACUGAUGCGAAUGCAGUUUUGGAGAAAAACUGUGGAAGAUAUAUACUGUGACAACCCACCACAUCAGCCUGUGGCCAUUGAACUAUGGAAGGCUGUUAGAAGACACAGUUUGACUAAAAGAUGGCUUAUGAAAAUCAUUGAUGAACGAGAAAAAAAUUUGGAUGACAAAGCAUAUCGUAAUAUCCAGGAACUUGAAAAUUAUGCUGAAAACACACAGAGUUGUCUUCUGUAUUUAACACUGGAAAUAUUGGGUAUAAAGGAUCUCCACGCAGAUCAUGCCGCCAGUCACAUAGGAAAGGCACAAGGCAUUGUCACUUGCUUGAGAGCAGCACCCUAUCAUGGCAGCAGAAGAAAAGUGUUUCUUCCCAUGGAUAUUUGUAUGCUGCAUGGUGUUUCACAAGAGGACUUUCUGAGGAAGAACCAAGAUAAAAAUGUGAGAGAUGUGAUAUACGACAUUGCCAGCCAGGCACACUUGCAUAUAAAACAUGCUAGGUCCUUCCACAAAAGUGUUCCCGUGAAAGCAUUUCCUGCCUUUCUUCAGACAGUUUUCCUAGAGGAUUAUUUAAAGAAAAUUCAACGAGUGGAUUUUGAUAUAUUCCACCCAUCUUUACAGCAGAAGAAUACAUUACUUCCUUUGUCUUUAUAUAUUCAGUCAUGGAGGAAAAGAUAUUAAAAUAACUCCCUGUGGUCUUGUCUCCUGCCCUAACAUCUCCAGUAUAUUUGUGCCAUUUCUCUGAAGUCUUUGGUUUCAGGUAUGAAUUGUGCUUAUUUAAGCUGUGAGUUCAUAAUGGCUUAAAAUAUUACCUUUUUGAAAAUUCAAACAGAGCUUUUCAAAGGCAAGAGCAUAUUGGUUCAUUCAUCAGGUCCUCCCUCGGUACCCAGAACAAGCUUCCAAUAUAGAGCAAGUAGAAAUUAGUGAAUGUUUAAUUGAACAAAUGUACAAUGUGGUUGUGCAUAUCAGCGUACUUUCAGUUGAUACUGAUGCUGAAAGAACAUCCUCUUGUUCAGUUCUAUGGCUUUAGAGAGCCUUGUAGCUUGUCUUCAAAGGCAAGUGCAAGGAAAUGGGACAUGUUUCCUCUUGAGAGUCUAAGUGACCUAGGGUUGGAGAGUUCAUCACAAAGAGUCUUUAUUAGCAUUGUCUGUUGGUCUUCCCAGGUUAAAUUGGGCAGUAAUCAGGUGCUAACUAUCUUGGUUCCUGUCUCAGGGUCUUAAAACAGAAGGGUUCAAACACUCAGCUGGAUUACUGAUGCUUUAGUGGCUCAGAAGCCAAAUUAAUAUUAAGUAAGUAAUUUCAAAACACUUCCUAAGCCAUUUUAGAUUUGAUAGCUUAGAGAUUUGUAUGAACUAAAUUUACCAGUCUCAUAGAGAAAAAAAUGAAGUCUUAGUCAAUGGUAUUUACCAUACUAUUAAUUUCCUGGCAUAAAAUACUCCUUAAGAUGGUGCCAACAUUCUCGUUUAUUUUCAAAUCUCUAGGUUUGUAUUAGUAUUUUAAAGGCAUCAGGUAAAAUUUAAAACUGUUUUAGUUGCAUCUUGAUACUGACUAGGUAGAGAGCAACCAGUAACAAAUAUUAAGUACAAAAUACAGGUCAGUCUAAAUGUAGGUAAAGUUGCCUAUCAUUAAGAAAUAAGUUAUGGAUUGUUUGUUUGCUUUUUGGUACAUACUCAACAGUGAGUUACAUCCCCAGCUGCCACCAUUCCCCUUUUUGGUAUUUUUUUAAUAGUAUAUAAUUGAGAUACAUAAGAAUUAUAUUCAUCGUGGACCUAGCCCUUUUAAAUUUUAUUUUGAGACAAGGUCUCACUAAGUUGCCCAGGUUGGCAUCGAACUUGCUACCCUUCUGCCUCAGCCUCUCCAGUAGUGGGGAUUACAGGCAUGUGCCACCAUGCCUGGCAUGGGCAUGUUCUUAAUCAUUGGCAGCAUUCUUUCUCUCUUUUUGUUUAAACCUUUCUUUUUGAUGAAAUUAAAUAAUUGUUGAGAAAUGUAAUAGUGGAUAACACCUACUGAACAUGAGCUUGGACAGGUGGUGUACUUUGCACUUCUGUGUUUUGCAGUGAAGUAAGUCUUUAUCUUUCAACUGAUGAAACUGUCUCAGAGAUACAAAGUUCAAGGUCACGCAGCUGUUGGUACUAGAGCUGCAUGCCAAAGCCACUUCACUUCAAUGCCAAAGCCCAAAGCCCAUUAGUUUUUACCAUCCUUGAGACUUGUAAAAUAAACUGCCAAGUGUAAAAGCUCAAGGGCAUGACUUUUUUCAGAAAUAAGUAUUACUGCAUAAAUUUCAGGUAUAGAUUAGGUUAAAAAGUAAUUACUAUAUAAAUUCCAAGUGCAAAUUAGGUGAGAGAGAAAUAGGUUGAAAUAGGUCUCAAGUGUUGGCUACUGAGUGUGCACAGAGGGGCACUUACCUGCCUUGGAGGUCAGAGAAGGUUUCCCAGAGGCGGCGGCAUGUGAAUGUGUCAGGAAGGUUGGGUAGGAGCCAGGGCUUGGACAGAGUGUGGACGUUCUUGUGGGGAGGUCCUGGCCAAAGGAGCAGGAUAUACAAAGAACAGAAUGUAACGGCCAGCGUUCUAAGGAAAGCUUGUGAAUAAAAAGUGGCCACAUCCUCUAGUCUAGUGAAACACUUUGAAUUAAGAUCAGAGACGGGAGUAUGUAUUUUGCCCAUUUCAGUAUACCUUAUGUGCCCUUGUAUUUGUUUUAGGUCAUACAAAUUGGAUUUCUCUGAAGACACUGGCCUAAGAAAGUUUUGUCCAGAAAGAUCCACAGAGUUGUAAACAUUAUGCAGAUGGUUAUUGAAAAUAAAAUAAAACAAAAUAUCCUACUGGUUUUUUUAGUAAGGAGAACAGAGCAAGAAACCAUACACACCCAGAGCUGGGGAGGCUACUGGAAAUGGGUCAGAAGGAGGGAAGAGCAGAUGAGGGCUGAAUACAUUAAAAUAAUGUGGACACUCUACCUACUUUCUUCUUUAGUGAACAUACAUUUCUUGGAUAACUGUAAAAUUAUUUCUCAAAAAUUAGAACCCUUCAAAUGAGAAAAGUGGUGGUAGACAGGGAAUGUGACUAUAUUUAUAGAACAGUGAAUAGGUAGAUAGGUGGACUUGAAUUUUUCCAUUGUACAUACCAGUUAAAAAGAGUUUGUUCAACAGCAAAAAGGAAUAGUAGCACAAUAGACUAUUAAAUAUGUGACAUUCUUUAGUAUAAGCUGAAAGAAAUUGAAAUAGUUUAGAUGCAGAGCAAUAGAGUACAGUGAUGUAAAACACUGCCCUUAGGAGUGGAUUCUGGAGUCCCUGCCCUGCCUUCCUGACCACCAUGUAAUCUCAGCAAGUUUGUAAAAUAUACAGAAUCAUGUCAGCCUCAAUGCUUGUGAGGAACAAAUACGGUCAGAUGUGUAAAAUAAUAAUAACCUACAUCUAGUAAAUAACCAAUAUCAUUAACAUUCUUAUACAGAAGUCUCAACCUGACAGCCUGAACCUAAUUAGGCCUACAAGUAUAUUCUAUUUUGCAGGUAUGGCAUUUGAAAAGAAGAACUUGAGUGCUUUUAGACAGGACAUGUUCUUUCCAAUUGGCCGCUGGUCCUAGCAUGAGCUCUUACCUCACACCCAGCCCCAUUCAGACAUUCAUAUUUCUUGCUCACUGUGUAAACACUUGAGUGGGCCACCAGUGGCUACAGAGAAUUGCUGGCUAGUGGGGUAAUAGCAAGUGACAUACAGCUUGAGGCUGGCUUCAGGAAGUGCAGCUGUGCUUUCUCCCAAAAUGCUACUCUAUUUUAAUUAUUGUUUACACCUUUCUCCCACACUCAUACCAAGUUUCCUUGCUUGCGAGUCAGAAUCCCCAGAAUGUACUAUAGAUCUUGAUGGUGCUACAAAAAUCUUGGUGGUCUGAGUAAGUGUGGCACAGUGUGUCAUGGGAGUGCAACUCUCAGAAUCUGUUCACUGGGGCUGGGACCAGUAGGUGAAGGAUGAACUGGAAGUGUGUGUCUAAGAUGUGCUAGCUGGGGAAUGCAUACGGCAUCCAAGAAGCUAAGUCAUUGGGUACAACUGGGAAGCAGGACAGGAAGGAAAAGUGAGGCUGGAGAGAGAAGUCACAAUCACAUUAUGAUGUUUGGUCUUUUAAGAGUGACACAAGAGGGGCCGGGGAUUUAGCUCAGUGGUUUCGCCGCCUGCUUGCAAGCACAAGGACCCGAAUUCAAUCCCCAGUGC